AUGUCUUUCUCAACUCAACAACCUGACGUUCCUGCCGAGUCUGUUGAUGCCGUCCAUUUCACUUUGCCUGAUUUCUGGCAACACGCCCCUGAACUUUAUUUUAUCCGCAUCGAGUCAGCCUUUUACUCCGCCAACAUUACGAAAGAGUUGUCGAAAUACCACAAACUUGUGGAGGUUCUCCCUGCCAAUAUUAUCUCACAGGUUCAUCCCUUGUUAGUGAAACCCCCUGCAGACGCUCCCUAUUCUGCUCUGAAGGCUGAAAUCCUUCGUCUCACUGCUGUAUCUGACCGACAACGCUACCACCAGUUGAUCAAGGAGGAAUCACUGGGCGACCGGAAGCCCUCAGAACUUCUCCGACGAAUGCGUACUUUCUUAGAAGAUAUGCAGAUCGACAAAAAACUCGUUAUAGAGAUGUUUCUAGAGUGGCUGCCUGCAGUUGUCCAAACAAUUUUGGCAUCCGGCUCGCAAGACCUUACACUUUCACAUCUUGCUGAGAUGGCAGACCGAAUGAUAGAGGUUCAACGGUUCCAGCCACCUUCCGUCGCUCAGAUUUCCACAUCCUCUUCAACGGUUAAUGAGCAGUUACUGCAACGGAUGUCGGCUGUGGCGAAUGAGAUAUCCUCCCUAAAAUUACAGCCUGCUCGCAUUACCUAUAGUCGCUCACCCAGCCGUCAUCGUUCACGUUCGCGACCUCGCACAGCCAAUUUUUGUUGGUAUCACGCAAACUUUGCCGCCAAGGCUCGCAAAUGUUCUUCCCCUUGUUGAUUUAAACCAAAACAGGGAAACCAGCCAGUCAGAGAAUAGACGCGACCGUUUUCUCUGGCUCUCCCAGCUCUGGUCGCACCUUUUAUGUCUGCGACAAUGUGACUCGCAGGCGUUUCCUGGUGGACACCGGAGCCCAGAUCAGCGUGGUUCCCCCCACUCCAGUUGACCGCCGCUGUCCCAGCCCUGGUCUACAUCUCCAAGCUGCAAACUGUUCCCCCAUUUCCACUUUUGGUAAUCGUUCCCUAAGUCUACACAUUGGUUUUCGUCGAUCAUUCUCCUGGAUAUUUGUGAUUGCCGAUGUGCCUCAUGCGCUCCUUGGUUCCGACUUCUUAGCCGAGUUUGAUCUCCUUGUUGACUGUCGGCGUUCCUGUCUCCUCGACCGCACAACUGGUCUUUCUGUCGGCGGUCUUACACCCUUUAAUGACUCCUGCAAUUUAUCUGUUCUGGACACAGGUAUUGCUUGUCCAUACCGAGACCUGCUCCUCCAACACCCCAACAUAAUCAAACCCCAGUUUCGCAGUGGUGAGAUCCAGCAUGACGUUAUCCACCACAUUCGCACCUCUGGCCCCCCAGUAUUCGCACGGCCUAGACGACUGGCUCCGUCCCGUCUGCAAGCGGCGAAGGCCGAAUUUGAGCACAUGCUGCAACUGGGCAUAAUUCGGCCGUCCGAGAGUCCAUGGGCGUCCCCUCUGCAUAUGGUGCCCAAGGCGACAUCAGACGACUGGCGGCCCUGUGGUGACUAUCGCGCCCUCAACAAUGCGGCCAUCCCGGAUCGUUAUCCUGUCCCUCAUCUUCAAGAUUUUGCUGGAGCUCUUUUCGGCAAAUCGGUUUUCUCGAAGAUUGACCUUGUUCGGGCCUUCCAUCAGAUUCCUGUCGCUCCUGAGGAUGUUCCCAAAACUGCCGUCACCACACCAUUCGGCCUGUUCGAAUUUAUUCGCAUGCCAUUUGGUCUUCGCAGUGCUGCCCAAACAUUUCAGAGGUUCAUUGACCGAGUCGUACGUGGUCCCUCCGUUUGUGUACGCCUACAUAGAUAACCUCUUGGUGGCCAGUCGAAAUGCCGAGGAACACAAAGAGCAUCUUGCCUUAGUGUUUGACCGCCUCGAUCAGUUUGGCGUGGUCAUUAACCCUUCCAAGUGUGUCCUGGGUGUGCCGUCCCUUGAUUUUCUUGGUCACCAUAUCGAUGCACAAGGUUUGCGUCCCCUCUCUUCCAAGGUUGAGGCCAUUCGUGACUUUCUUCCACCAACCUCCAAGCCUCAGUUGCAACGUUUCCUUGGCAUGGUAAACUUUUAUCGCCAGUUCCUACCGAACUGUACCGACCUUAUGCUGCCACUCACCAACUUGCUCUCUGGUCCCAAGGGUCCCCUUGAGUUACGUGGCCACGCGCUGACUGCUUUUGAGAGAAUAAAGACCUCCCUUGCUGAUGCUACCUUGCUCACUCAUCCUGCUCCAGAAGCCCCAUUGUCCCUGAUGGUUGAUGCUUCGACCGUUGCCGUCGGAGCAGUCCUCCAACAGCAUAUCAACGACUCGACACGACCGUUGGCAUUCUUCUCCAAGAAGCUUUCACCUGCCGAGACGAGAUAUAGCACGUUUGGCCGUGAACUUCUUGCCAUUUACCUAGUCGUAAAACAUUUCCGACACUUCCUUGAGGGUCGUGACUUCACAAUUUUCACAGACCACAAACCACUUACAUUUGCCAUCCGAACCAUUCUGACAAAUAUAACCCGAGAGAUAUUUCUCAUUUGGAUUACAUCUCGCAAUUCACCACCGACAUCCGCCACAUUGAUGGCCCGAAGAAUGCGAUGGCCGACAUGCUGUCCAGACCUUCCCUGUCGGCGUUUCAACUCUCACACGGGAUUGAUCUUGGUGCUAUGGCGGCUAAACAACGACGCGUGGGAUGCCCUGGCGACGAGUCUGUUGACAGUCUUCAAUUAAUUGACGUCCCAUUGAUCACCGGCACUGGCACAAUCCUUUGUGACGUAUCGACUCCUUUUCAGCGCCUUAUGUGCCUGUCUCGAUGCGUCGAGCUGUUUUUCAAACUCUCCACGGACUCUCCCAUCCUGGGAUUCGAGCCUCACAGAAGCUCCUCGCGGAAAGGUUCGUAUGGCCUGGGUUGAACAAGGAUGUGAAAGCUUGGACACGAUCGUGCCUUUGCUGUCAACGUAACAAGGUUCAACGCCACAACAAGUCUCCAUCGGGCACGUUCCCCAGCCCCGAUGCACGGUUAAACCAUGUGCAUUUAGAUGUCGUAGGUCCUUUACCUCCAUCCAAUGGCUAAACUCACCUUCUCACCUGCGCUGAUCGCUAUACCCGUUGGCCGGAAGCCAUUCCUUUACCGAAUGUGCAAGCUGAGACCAUUGUGAAAGCCUUCGUCAGUCGUUGGGUCGCCAUAUUCGGUGCGCCAUCCAUGAUUACGACUGAUCGAGGCGCGCAGUUUGAGUUCACACUUUUCCAAACUCUCCUCAAUUUCCUUGGCUGCACACGUAUUCGGACGACGGCCUACCACCCAGCUGCCACCGACAUGGUUGAGCGUUUCCACCGCCAGCUAAGAACUGUACUGCGUGCCUCAGAAGAUCCCGAAAACUGGUCAGACAAUAUACCCGUUGCACUUCUUGGCAUUCGUGCGGCACUGAAGUCAGACUUGGACUGCAGCGCAGCCGAAUUGGUUUUCAGCACUACCCUCCGACUCCCUGGUGAGAUGGUCACCCCAACCUCUCGUGGUGCCGAAGAGACCCCCGAAAAUUUUGUGCAUCGUCUGCGACAAUUCAUGCGCUCGCUUUCCCCGGUUCCACCUCGAGCUCCAUCGACGGAGCCUUAUGUUGAAAAAGGCUUAGCCAAUUGCACCCAUGUGUUCGUUUGGUGUGAUCGUGUGCGGAAGCCGUUAGAAUCACCAUACGAAGGACCGUUCCGUGUGCUUGCACGUAACAGCAAGACCUUUCGGAUCCUGCGAGGUGACAAAAAGGACGUAGUCAGCAUCGACCGGGUCAAGGUUACUGUUGCAGAGGAGCCCCCGGACGUGUCUCAAGGACAAGCGUGUGCUGACCCCAUACCUCCUCCCACUCCUUUUCCACUUUCCCCACCUAUCCCUCCGUCCCGUAUACUUCCUCUUCCUUCUUGUUCGCAGCAUCAAACUGCAACCUCUUCCUCCACCCUUAACUUGUCCACUACAACACCUACUCAGCUGCCUCCAACAGGGCCUCCCGCAUAUAUCACCCGCAGUGGACGUCACGUUCACUUUCCCGAUCGUCUAGUUACUCAUUUCUCCUAG